AAAGUUUGAGGAGCACGUUAUUGUGCAGACUGGCCGAGCUGCACGCGCAGGCCCGACAUGGCGUACUCUCGCGAAGACAAGAAGUCCGACGUGGACUUCGAGGUCCUUACUCCAGAUGAAGAGCGAAAGAUGGACCUGGACACCAUCCUCGUUGAGGAGAUCGGCCAGUUUGGCAGGUACCAGCUGCGGACCUGCCUGCUGUCCGUGCUGCUGGUCAUCUUCGCGGCAUGGGGCGCCGUGGAGUAUGUCUUCACCACUUCUCGCAUAAGCACCAGGUGUCUGAUUCCGGAGUGUGAAGUAGAGCCAGCGGAGUUCUCUCCGUACUGGUUGCCGAACGCGGUGCCGAGCAACGACAACUGCCAGCGCUUCGGCAACGCGUCCUCGUCGCUGCGGCAGGUGGCCAGCGACACGUGCCCCGCCGCGCUGUUCGACCGCGACACCGUGCUUCCCUGCGAGCAGUACGUGUUCGAGAACACGCACUCCGUAGUGUACGAUUACGGGCUGGCGUGCGACGAGUGGCGGCGCUCGCUGAUCGGCACGGUCCGCACGUUCGGCACGCUGACGGCGCUGCCCAUCACCGGCUUCGUGUCGGACCGCUGGGGCCGCCGCGUCGCGCUCACCAUCAACGCCUUCAACACGGCCUGGCUCGGCGUCACGCGCUACUGGGCCGACACCUACCUCGGAUUUAUGUUCUCAGAGUUCUUCGAAGCCACAUUCGGUUCCGGCGGGUUUUCCAGUGUUUACAUUUUGUUGAUGGAAUUAGUGGGUCCGAAAUUCCGUGUCGCUGUUGGGGCAGCCACGAACACUUGCUUCUCGCUGGGCCAAGUGACGAUGGGUCUGAUAGCGUGGGGCGUCCCCAACUGGAGGAACCUCACGCUCGCACUCUACAUCCCGCAGUUCAUCACUAUCUUCUACUUCUGGCUCAUCAGCGAGUCAGUCAGGUGGUACAUGAGUAAGGGCCGCUUCGAUGAAUCAGAGGCUCUACUCAGAAAAGUGGCCCAAUAUAAUGGCAAACAAGUGUCAGAAAAGUCUUUGCAAGCAUUAAGACGUACUGCAGAGGAGGAACAAAGGAACAGCAAGCUAGAGGCUCAGCGCAAUGGAAACGAGCCCUGGCUGAUCGUGCAGGUGUUCCGGCACAAGCGAGUGCUGGUGCGCGUGCUGGUGUCGCCCGUGUGGUGGAUCACCACCACCUUUAUCUACUACGGACUGUCCAUCAACGCCGUCAACAUGUCCGGCAACCGGUACCUCAACUACGUGGCCGUGGCCGCCGUCGAGAUCCCCGGGUACUGGACAGCAUUCUUCCUGAUAAGCAAGGUUGGGAGGAAACCAGUACUAGCUGGCGCCUUCUGGGUUUGUGCUGCGUGCCAGAUCGGUUACAUAUUUAUGCCUGACGAUUUGUACGCGCUGUCGCUAACGGUAUACCUGAUAGCCAAGUACGCCAUAGCGGUGGUGAUGACGUCAGUAUAUGUGUACACGGCGGAGCUGUACCCCACCAAGCACCGGCACAGCUUGUUCGCCUACUCCUCCAUGAUGGGUCGCAUCGGGUCCAUGCUCGCACCGCUCACGCCUGCUUUUGGUGCUCAAUGGUUUGAGGAGCUGCCUUUCGUUCUGUUCGGAUCGUUCGCCUUCCUGUCGGGCAUCCUAAUCUUCCUGACGCCGGAGACGCUCGGCACCACCAUGCCCGACACCUUCGAGCAGGCCGAACAGCUCGGCCUUAAGAACAAGAAGGACGCCGAUAAAUAACCAAAGAAAUGUAUAAUCUCGUUAUUAAUGUGAUAGAUGUAUAGGUACCCAGUGAAGAUGGGGCUGAUGUUAUAAUACUGUAUGGACUUGCUUCGUUGUAACGUGUGUACGAGGACGUAAAAGACGGAACCAGAUUUAAACGUAGCUUCAGAUUAUAAUCUUGUGUAACCUUUAGUUUUAGAAUAAUGUUAGGAUAGUUUUAAGGACGUACAAUGUUACAAUGUGGUUUCAAUGCAAUCAUUUUAAACAAACUUUCUCAUAAAAAUGAAAAACGAUAUGAAAAGAGCAUACAUUAAUAAAUCCACUAUAGCAACACA